CCUUCCUCACUCACGCGCACGCUCACGCACACGAUGAAGCCCGCGGCGGCGCUGCUGCUGAUACUAGCGGCGGCUGUUCAUGUGCAGCUGCCGUCAGCACAAUACCACCAGCUCAACCCGGAGAUCCACGACUCCGGGGGGCUGAGCCGGCAGGGCUUCCCGGAGGGGUUCGUGUUCGGGACUGCCGCAUCUGCGUACCAGGUGGAGGGAAUGGCGGAGCAGGGAGGGCGAGGGCCAAGCAUCUGGGACGCCUUCAUAAAGAUACCAGGGACGAUCCCCGGCAACGGCACCGCCGAUGUGGCCGUCGAUGAGUACCAUAGGUACAAGGAGGAUGUGGACAUAAUGAAGAAUAUGGGCUUCGACGCGUACUGGUUUUCCAUCUCUUGGUCGAGGAUUUUCCCAGAUGGCACUCGGAAGGUGAACUGGGAAGGAGUGGAUUACUACAACAGGCUUAUAGAUUACAUGCUUCAGAAAGGCAUCACUCCAUAUGCAAACCUCUAUCACUAUGACCUCCCACUAGCACUCCAUCAGCAGUACCUUGGCUGGCUAAGCCCAAACAUAGUGGUCACGUUCGCAGACUAUGCCGAUUUCUGUUUCAAGGUGUUCGGAGACAGAGUGAAGAAUUGGUUCACCUUCAAUGAGCCGAGGUGCGUCGCUGCUCUCGGGUAUGACAAUGGCCUCCAUGCACCGGGGAGGUGUUCCCAGUGCUCUGCAGGAGGCGACUCUAGGACAGAGCCAUACCUUGUCGCGCACCAUCUCAUCCUUUCACAUGCUGCGGCGGUGCAGCGAUACCACGACAAGUAUCAGCAUCACCAAAAGGGGAGGAUUGGAAUUCUCUUGGAUUUUGUAUGGUAUGAACCUUUGAGCAACAGCAAUGUAGAUCAAGCUGCAGCACAGAGGGCAAGGGACUUCCACCUUGGAUGGUUCCUUGACCCCAUCAUCAAUGGUCGCUACCCAUUCACGAUGCUCGAGAUUGUCAAGGAUAGGUUGCCACGCUUCGGUGCCGACGAGUCCAUGAUGGUUAAAGGAUCCAUUGACUAUGUUGGUAUCAACCAAUACACUUCUUUCUACAUGAAGGACAAUGGGACUUGGAACCUGACGCCUGUCAGUUACCAGGAUGAUUGGCAUGUUGAAUUUGUCUAUGAACGAAAUGGCGUGCCUAUUGGAGCUCAUGCAAACUCCUACUGGCUUUACAUUGUACCAUGGGGAAUCAACAAGGCUGUGACCUAUGUUAAAGAAAGAUAUGGAAAUCCUACAAUGAUCCUUGCUGAAAACGGGAUGGACCAACCCGGUAACGUGAGCAUCGCUAACGGUGUGCGCGACACGGUAAGAAUCCGAUACUACAGAGACUACAUAACUGAGCUCAAGAAGGCGAUAGACGAUGGCGCCCGGGUGAUCGGGUACUUUGCUUGGUCUCUGCUUGACAACUUCGAGUGGAGACUUGGCUACACCGCCCGUUUCGGUAUUGUCUAUGUGGACUAUAAGUCUCUGAAGAGGUACCCAAAGGAUUCAGCGUUAUGGUCCAAGAACAUGCUCUCCGAGAAGAAGAGGAGCUAGGAUUGCAAACAAGAUUCCCUAGUGGAUCAAAUUCUUCAGCUUUCGGAAUACGCUUACUGUAGCAUUUGUUUAUCAUUGCACCUCAAAUUUAGCUUCAAGAAACUGGAAUAACAAACAUUGAGACAGUAACUUUGCCCC